UGGUUUAGGAACUAGAGAGAGGGAGCAUUUGCUACCUGAUUCAGAACUGUUCAUCUAGUAUUAUGGUUGAUUGGCUCUCCGCAGUAAAGUGCUUUACACUUUUAUCUAAGACACUUUAAUUGUCUGUAGCUAGAUUGUCAGGCAUCCAGGUGGUUGAGGCCAAUUGAGCCCUUGCACAAAAACAGAGGAGAGGUUGGUUCAGCCACGCUUGGGCAAACUGCGAUGGUGCGAAAGUGUGUACUUUGCGAUGAAAGACGCGCCGUGUUGCGCAGGCCGAAAACGCACCAGCAGGUAUGUAAGGACUGCUUCUUUGCCGCAUUUGAGGAUGAAGUGCACCGCACAAUAAUUGACAACCGGCUGUUCAAACGGGGGGACAGGGUUGCAAUCGGGGCAUCCGGGGGCAAAGAUUCGACGGUGCUGGCGUACAUAAUGAAGCUGUUGAACGACCGGCACGGCUACGGGCUCGACCUUUUCCUGCUGUCCAUCGACGAAGGCAUCACUGGGUACCGAGACGACUCCUUGGAGACGGUCAAAAGGAACGAGGAGCAGUACGGCAUUCCCUUGAAGAUCGUCUCGUACAAGGAGCUCUACGGCUGGACGAUGGACGAGAUCGUGCGCGAGAUCGGGCGUAAGAACAACUGCACCUUCUGCGGGGUGUUCCGGCGGCAGGCGCUCGACCGGGGGGCCGCGGCGCUGCGCGCGACCAAGAUGGUCACGGGGCACAACGCGGAUGACGUGGCAGAGACGGUGCUGCUCAACAUUUUGCGGGGCGACAUCGCCAGGCUCAGCCGAUGCGCGGCGAUCUCGACGGGAGACGACGGGGCCCUCCCUCGUAGCAAACCGUUUAAGUACACGUACGAAAAGGAGAUUGUGAUGUACGCCUACUUCAAGAAGCUCGACUACUUCUCCACCGAAUGUAUAUACUCCCCAAAUGCUUACCGGGGUUUCGCUCGUGAGUACGUCAAAGACCUAGAGGCGAUCAGGCCGCAAGCGAUCCUCGACAUCAUCCGUUCCGCCGAGGAGUUCCGCUUCUCGCUGACGGCCAAGAUGCCGGAACAGGGCACGUGCGAGCGUUGCGGGUACAUCUCCAGUCAGAGGUGGUGCAAGGCGUGCGUGUUGUUGGAGGGCCUCAAUAAAGGUCUCCCGCAGCUAGGGGUUAGCAAGAGCAGAGGGAGCGCAAAAGCGCCGAGCGCUUCCUCUCGGACGCCCAUCUUUUUGGCCUGAGGAAUCAUGUGUGAGUACUUGAGAUCAUAUGAGCGCGGCAAUGAUGGCGUAUAGGUGCUUGAUGUUGCAUGCCAUGGACUUAUGCGGAGCCCUAGGACGCAGCCCACAGUACCGUCAGCAUGUCGAGUCCCGCGAUCCACUCCAAGUGUCCGAAAGUACUAUAACACAUGUGUUGGAG